UUCUGCAUGCACACGGCCCUCACCUUCUCCGUAUUCGCCGGCGGCAUCAACCACACCAAGUACCCAAGCCUGUGCCAGGCGAAGGUUCUGCUGCCCUCGGCUAAAGGCCUGAGCCGAGGCCAAGCUGGAUCACAGGCUUGAGAAUCCCGUCCUACUGAAGUAGACCGACCUGGAAGUAUGCAGUGCCCUGUGCAUUCACUAACCGCGGUGCGGGGGUACAAGGGAGCCUGAACCCCUUGGGGGAACUGAGUUAUACUUCACCUUCAUCGGUGCACACACAUCCUUCAGCCACGUGCCCACUGCCCACCCCUCAUCAGGCCCCCUCAGUGCCCUCUGCAACUCAGCAGGGUCCCGGCAUGACCCCAGCUGGCCUGGCCAGAGGGAAACCACAGCCAAUCUGUGUCUGAGCUAAGGUCAUUCAGAGUGGCAGGAGCCUGCUCUGAGCUUGGCCUGUGGCCACCUUUUCCCCACCUGCCUGGAACAAGCCAUCUGUCCACAUCACUGCCGGUCAGUGCUCUAGAGUAGACCCCCAGCUACUUCCAGGACAUGGAGCAAACAGGCAAUAGCGGAGGUAGGUGUGGGGAUGCCUGGGAGACACUCUAGGGAGACCUUGGGCAAUUAGAACUGGGAGUCAGCGCCCAUGUGUGGGUCCCCAAGACCCAUCAGGAAUGAGCUUUGGGCACUGAGCCAGGAGUUAGCCCUGAGCUCAACUCUGGGAAUAAGCCCUGAGACCUGUCAGGCAUGGUUCCCAAACAAAAACAGACAAGAAUAAGGGUACUGGAUGAGAAUUAUUUGUACCUCUGUCUAGAGGGUGUCCAUUGCACACCAGGCUCACCCUCUGGACACCUGCCUCCUACCUCCCACACUUGCCCUCCAGUCCGCAGCCCCUUAGUAAGCUGAGUAAGCCCUGACCCACCAUCCCCAGAGGACAGUAGGCAGGGAUGUCAUCACUGACUGGACCCACCCUGGUCUGACACCAGAGACCAGGGUUCCGGUCACCUCCGAGGGUCCAGUCUGAUGCCUCCUGACCCCGGUAUCUCCACGAACCUGCCAGACUAGCAGAGCGGCUUGGGGAUGGCGCAGCCACUGGCCCUGCUGUGGAUGGCUGAGUGUGGACCCACCUUGGCCCAAACCAGCUCUGGGUCCCACUCAAGGCCUGGGUCUAGCCAAGCUCCAAGUCCCAUAUAUGGGCCCACGGGGAUGGCAUUCAAGUGCACAUGGCUCUCUGGGGGGCACAAAGCCCCCACUGUCAUUUGCCUAUGUCCCAUGUGUUGUCACUGUCCUGGCGACUGUCCAGCUGCUGCCCACCAGCAUUAGGAGCCACAGAGUGGAGUGGAUGCACACAGGCCAUGUGUCUCCAUCCCCCAGCUCCACCCCUGUGCACCUCGGGGAGCCUUGGUAGAUGUGCCCAACUGCUGAGCUCCUAUAGGGAAGCCCUACUGUCCUGAGGGCGUGGGGAUCCCGCUGUUCCCGUGCUGAGUACUGCCCCCGCAGGUGGGCGUGGCCCUGCACUACUGCACCCUGUCUGCUAUGCUGUGGCUCGGUGUGGCUGCCAGGGGCAUCUACAAGCAGGUGACCAGGAAGGCUCCACCAGGCCCAAGUGCUCACCAGCUGCCCAGCCCCAGGGAGCCUUUGCUCAGGUUCUACCUCAUUGGUGGAGGGGUCCCCUUCAUCAUCUGUGGGGUCACGGCCGCCACAAACAUCCAAAACUACGGAAAGGAGGCCGAGGAUGCAGCAUACUGCUGGAUGGCUUGGGAGCCCAGCCUGGGCGCCUUCUACGGGCCAGCGGCCUUCGUCACCCUGGUCACCUGCGUGUACCUGCUGGGCACCUACAUGCAGCUGCGGCGUCAUCCAGAGCGCAGGUAUGAGCUUCGGGAAGUGCUGGAGGAGCCCACGCGGGGGCCCCGGGCUGACCCUGGCUCGCCACCCACCCACGCUGCGCUGGCUGCCUCCCUCCUGCAAAACGAGCACUCGCUGCCCGCCCAGCUUCGGGCGGCCGCCUGCUCGCUCUUCCUGUUCGCGGCCACCUGGGCCUUUGGGGCCCUGGCCGUGUCGCAGGGCCCCUUCCUGGACAUGAUCUUCAGCUGCCUGUACGGCGCCUUCUGCGUGACCCUGGGGCUCUUCGUGCUCAUCCACCACUGCGCCAAGAGGGAUGACGUGUGGCACUGCUGGUGGGCCUGCCGCAGUCCCCGGGCUCAGCCCCCUGUGGGCGCCCUGAGCACACAGUCCUCGCUGCACACUAACGGGGAGGCGCUUGGGCCCACCACCUGCCUGCCCGACUCGCCCUGCCCCGGCCAGCCCCAUGGCUUUGGCCACUUGCCCACUGGGCCCUGCAAGUUGACCAACCUGCAGGCCACGCAGACCCAUGUCAGCUGCCUAUCACCCGCCACACCCUGCUGUGCCUCGAGGCGCCGGGAGCAGCUGCUGGAGGAGUCGGUCUGUGCCCAUCACCUGCACACCCAUGGAGGACCCAUGCACCGGACGCGGCCGUGCUGUGCCGAGCCGGCCUACACCUACCACCUCCCAUCCAGCCCAGACGGCAGUCCCCAGAGCUCACGCACGGACAGCGCCCCCAGCUCGCUCGAGGGCCCACUGGGCAUGCACGCACUGUGCUGUGCCCAGGACGAUGCCUUCCCAAUGCUCAGUCAGCCCGAGGGGCUCUACAGCUGUGGCCUGCGGCCCAGCCCGGAUAUGGCUUGUGGCCGGGCCCACUUUGAGAUGCUCCAUAGGACACAGUCCCUGCCUUGCGGGGGUCCUGGCCUCAACGGGCUGCUCAAGGGAGAUGGGCCUGGGGCCCGCUGCACAGUUAGCAUCCGGACAGGGCCCUGGAAGAAUGAGACCAGCGUGUAGCCAUGCCUGGACGCUCACCAGCUUCAAAGCAGGGGGUCCCGGGCCUGCAGAUGCAGCUCAGAGCCUCCCGCCCACCCUUAGGGGACGGACCCCACAUCUGUGUCCGUGAUCCUGUGGCCCUGCACUCUGCCCCUACCGGUGCCCAACCUCACAGCUCAUAACAUCCUCUGAGUCCUGCGCCCGCUUAAAGCUUUGUCCCAAGAGGGAAGUGGCCAGUGGAUCCCUGGGAGUCCCCAGGCCUGUCCCUGAGGAUGGUCACCGCCCAGGAGGUGCAUUCAGGUUGCCACCCUGAAGGCUACCAUCAUGCCCCACUCAGGCCCUCCCUGGACAUAGCCCCAGGCUCAAGGACACCGUGCAAAGAUGGACGUAGGCUUGCGGGUCUCCUCUGUGCCUUUGGGGGCUCUGUUCUCCUUCCCGGGACACCACCCGGGUAAAGGCAUUCACUGAGAUUGGACACCCAGGACCUGCGUGAGGCCCCUCCCAUCUCCUGGGGCACACACCUGAAUCACAUGUUUCAUACAGUUGCCACACACUACAUGGCCCUUUCGUGUGCUUGUGGUGCUGCGUGGCCCCACCUGUCCUCAUCGCGGUGGCCAUGGCCACCAUGUGCUCCCCGCUUUGUAGCGAGCGCCAGGCCCAAGGGCUGCUCUGUAGCCGCCAACAAAUACAGUGUUUCUGGCGUGGCACAA